AGUUGAAAACUUAAACAAUUUCAUUCACGCGUGUUCCACUUCCCGAUUCAUCCCACCACUUCUCCAGCCAGCGCCCCCAGCUUUCAUCUUCUUCGUCAACGGCCCCCACCAAAUCGAAGUGUUGAGCCGAGGAACCUAGCCAAAGCGCGCUCACAUCCCUUCAUCUGAGCCCAGGCUGCAAGAUUCAAUUCAAAAUCGGAGUAUACUCGGAGGUACCCACGCUGGCUUGGACAGGAAUCGGCAUUGUGUAUGCUGGGGCUGACACACGGAUGAGUCGGAGAGAAAUUUGUCUCUAGGAGAGCUCCAGGUCGGCUUCAACUCCUCAUGUUGGACCCAACAUCCAAAUUCCAACCAACUGUAGAAUACCGCCCGAUUCGGCUCUCGGAUCUCCAGGUGCUCGAGCAGAUUCACGUUGAUUUGUUUCCUGUAAGGUAUGAGAGGGAUUUCUUCUUGGAUGUUGUUAAUGGCAAUGGUAUUAUAUCCUGGGGUGCUGUCGACACGAGCAGAUCAGAUGAGCUUGUUGGGUUUGUUACCACCAAGAUGGUUUCUGCACAAGACAGUGAGAUUGAAGAUAUUUUUAGCUACAACUGUUUGCGGAAAGACUCAACUCUUGUGUAUAUACUAACGCUCGGCGUGGUAGAUCGUUACAGAAACCUUGGCAUAGCAUCUUCCCUGGUUCAGGAGGUGAUUAAAUAUGGUACAAGUAUCAUCAACUGCAGGGGUGUAUAUUUGCAUGUUAUUUCAUACAAUCAACCUGCAAUCAGAUUCUACAAGAAGAUGCUAUUUAACCUUGUUAGAAGAUUGCCAAUGUUCUACUACAUUAAAGGACAGCAUUACGACUCGUUAUUGUUCGUAUACUAUGUCCGUGAGGGCCUUUCACCUUGUUCACUACUGGGCUUCCUGGAGGUGCUGGUUACAAAGAUAUGGAGCAAGAAAAACAAAAGUACACAUGAAUGGUCCAGAUUUAAGGAAUCAAGCACCCUUUUGGUUACACAGACUGAUAUGAGGAUAAUCAGCAGUGAAGAUAAGAGAUGUCAUGUCUAAUUUAUACUCCGUGGUGUCUUAUUUACAAAUGGAUGGUGCCUUCUGAUGCAUUGCUAAAUUAGUUGUAAUUCAUCAAGCAUAGUCUUGUUCAUGAUUAUACAGAAAAAAUAUGU